UUUUAAAUGUUGACAAGAAGACACACUGAUAUUAGAUCUAGUCUCAGACUCUCAGUCGACUCAGUCUCAGUGAUACUGAUAAUAAUACUAGAUCUAAAUCUAAUAGUAAUACUAGAUUUAGAUCUAGAUCUAUGAGUAUGGCUGUCACUAUGACAUAGAAAAUAGAUCUAUGCGACUGAAGGCUGAAGGCGAAGACCGAAUCUAGAUUUAUCAAUCUAUCUUUCUCUAUACUGACUAUACUCUAUAACUCUAUACUAGAUUUGCAGACAAGAUAAAAAGAGUUCAAAGUGACAAUGAAUACAAUCUCUGAUAUUCUGAUAUUUUUUGUCAAUGGUGUAAAGACAGAGCUGAAGAAUCCAGAUCCUGAGCUGACUCUUCUUGAAUUUCUUAGAAAACACAAACGUUUGACUGGAAGUAAACAUGGAUGUGGUCAAGGAGGCUGUGGCGCUUGCACUGUGAUGAUUUCAAAAUAUAAUACUGUCACUGAAACUAUUGAACACUGGCCAGCUAAUGCCUGUAUAACAACUGUCUGUAGUCUGCAUGGACGUGCAGUGACCACAGUAGAAGGUGUUGGUGAUAUUAAAAGGAAAGUCCACCCAGUGCAAAAACAGUUGGUGGAAAAUCAUGGGACCCAGUGUGGCUUCUGUACUCCUGGUUUUGUUAUGGCAAUGUAUACAUUACUUAGAAACAAUCCAAAGCCUACACAACGAGACAUUCAGGAAAAUUUUGAUGGAAACUUGUGCAGAUGUACUGGAUAUCGUCCCAUUUUGCAAGCAUUUAGUGAAUUUUCACAGGAAAGAGCUCAAAACAAUUGCAUUAUGGGUAAAAACUGUUGCAAAAAUGGAAAGCAAAAUGAUAAUUCAGUCUGCAAUGGCAGUAAUGAGAUGAAAUUUGAGAUUUAUGACCCAACACAAGAGCCAAUAUUUCCUCCUGAACUUAAGAUAAACUCUACAAAGUUAGACCAAGAAGUUUUAAAGUAUGUGUCAGAAGAAGUCACCUGGAUGUCUCCAACAUGCUUAACCCAACUGUAUGAGAUACAGAAGACUCACCCAACUUGUAUUCUCAUUAGUGGAAAUACAAAACUUAUCAUGGACACAAAGUUUGGUAAUGUUAAGUAUCCUGUGCGUGUCUCCACUUCACGUAUCCCAGAACUUAAUCAGAUUAACGAGACAGAGCAUGGAAUACAAAUUGGGGCAUCAGUGAGUUUAAGAAGAGUUUGUUCCUAUUUAAAGACAACUAUAUCCAAGCUGCCAGACUUCAAGACUAGAGUGUUCACUGCCUUUGUUGAGAUGUUGAAAAGAUUUGGCAGUCAUCAAAUAAGAUCUGUUGCUAGUUUGGCUGGUAAUAUAAUGUCAGCAAGUUCAAUAUCUGAUCUAUCUCCUUUGUUGUUGGCUAGUAGAGCUGUUGUGACUGUUCAUGACAUAGAUGGAACCAAUAGAAAUAUAGACAUGGAUGAGAAUUUUUUCACAGGCUACAGAAAAACUUGUUUAAAAAACACAGAUGUUAUUAUUUAUAUUACUCUACCUUUUACUAAACAGACUGAGUAUAUUGUUGGCUAUAAACAAGCUUAUCGUAAAGAAGAGGACUCGUCCAUUGUGAAUGCUGGUAUGUGGGUACAGCUGACAGAAGAAACUCAAGUUGCUGAUAUAAGACUUGUGUUUGGAGGAAUGGCGGACAAACUUGUGUUGGCAAAGAAAACUAUGGCAGCAUUGAUAGGGAGAAAAUGGGAUAAGUCACUUCUAGAACUGGCAUGUUCUCAAGAUCUGCUUCCUGCUGACUUGCCAUUAGCUCCUGGCUCAGUUGGAGGUUUAAUUGCCUACAGAAGGACUUUGACUCUCAGCUUCUUCUUCAAGUUUUUCACUACAGUUAGAGACAAGCUCAAACAGAAUGUUGUGCCAGAAAAUGAAAUUGUUUACCAGGCAAGUCAGAUCUAUGACAUUACUAGUCCAGGACAAAGUGAGAAUGGUGCAGUUGGCCAGCCAAUAGUUCACAUGUCUGCUUUCAAACAGGCAACUGGCGAAGCUGUAUAUGUUGAUGAUGUACCUAAAAUGGAAGGUGAACUUUUCUGUGGAGUUGUUAAAAGCUCCAAGGCUCAUGCAAAAAUAACCAGAAUAGACCCAUCUAAAGCCCUGGACUUACCAGGUGUAGUGGACUUUGUAACCUACAAAGAUGUUCCCAAUGAUAACACAUGGGAUUCACCAAAAGACUUUGUUUUUGCAGAACAAAUGGUUGAACAUGAAGGACAAAUAAUUGGUCUUAUAUUGGCUGACAGUCUCACACUGGCUCAGAAGGCAGCCAAACUAGUGGAAGUAGUUUAUGAGGAACUCCCAGCAGUUGUUACUAUACAGGAUGCCAUUAAAAGCAAUUCAUUCUUUGAUAAAAGACUUGUAAUUGAACAAGGAGAAGUGGAAAAAAUUCUGUCCUCAGCAGAAACUUCAGUGAAAGGAGAGUUCCACAUGGAAUCCCAGCAACAUUUUUACCUUGAACCUCAAGGUUGCAUCGUCUACCCGCGUGACCAUGAUGAGUUUGAAAUUGUCUGUAUGGGACAAAAUAUUGAUCUGAUUCAGGUGGCAGCUUCAAGAGUACUUGGUCUUCCAGAGAAUCAAAUUACAGUCAGGGUGAAAAGAAUAGGUGGUGGAUUUGGUGGCAAAGUAGCUCGCCAUGCUUGUGUUGUUCUACCUACAGCAGUUGCUGCUCACAAAACUGGUCGUCCUGUUCGUUUAGUUCUUGAGAGAGAUCAUGACAUGAAACUAAUUGGAACAAGACGGGCCAUCUGGGCUCAGUAUGAGGUUGGUUUCACCAAAGAAAGUAAAGUGACAGCCUUGAAGUUGACAAUUUAUUUCAACUGUGGUGCUACUCUUGGAACCUCCUUAGCCUGUGCAGAGCGUAGCCUGCUGUCUCUUGGAAGUAGCUGUAAAAUCCCUAACAUCCAAGUGACAGCCAUUUUGUGUAGGACUAAUAUUGCGCCAACUUCACCACUCAGAGGAUUUGGGAAUCCACAGGCUGUGGCUGUUAUGGAGACAAUCCUGGAUCAUGUGGCUAUGAUCUCUGGUCUGGAUCCUGAAACAGUACAUGCACAGAAUUUCUUUUGCCAAGGAGACACAACUGCAUUUGGUCAAGUAAUAGAACAGAGUUCUCUACAAGAUUGUUGGACUGAAUGUCAAAAACUGAGUCAGUACAAUACCAGGAAACAAGAAGUGGAAGAGUUCAACAAGUGCAACAGAUGGAAGAAACGAGGUUUAGCAAUGGCACCACUCACAUAUGGGAUUGGUUACCCAUUUCAAGCUUACAACAAGGGUAGUGCCUUAGUGAAUAUUUUCAAGGAUGGAUCUGUUGUGUUAAUCAUUGGAGGAGUGGAAAUGGGUCAAGGACUCUUCACUAAAAUGAUCCAGGUGGCCAGCCAAGUUUUAGAUGUCCCUGUAGAUUAUAUUAGAAUAGCUGAGACCAGAACUGAUGUUGUACCAAAUGUGGCACCUACUGCAGCCAGUAUGACAUCUGACUUGAUAGGAAUGGCAGUUGUUGAUGCCUGUGAGCAGCUCUGUGUGAAACUGAAGAACUACAGAACUUCAAACAAACCAUGGAAAUCUGUGAUAACUGAAGCCAUUGGAAAAAGAGAAUGUUUGUCAGCAUUUGGUUACUACAAACCUGACAUUUUAGGGAUGGACUGGACCAGGAAAAUCAACUGUCCCUUUUUCUACUUUACUUUUGGUGCUGCCUGCUCUGUUGUGGAGAUUGACUGUUUGACUGGUGACCAUAUGGUUCUCUCUACAGACAUAGUCAUGGAUGUAGGUCACAGUUUAAACCCUGCUAUUGAUGUUGGUCAGAUUGAAGGCGCUUUUAUUCAGGGCUAUGGACUGUGGUGUCUGGAACAAGUGAAGAUGACGAGCCAAGGAAAGCUACUCUCAAAUGGACCAGGAAACUACAAAGUUCCUUCCCUCUCUACAAUUCCUCGUAGUUUCAAUGUCUCCCUGUUAAAAACUGCGGGCAAUCCAAAAGCUGUUUAUUCUUCUAAGGCCAUUGGAGAGCCACCUCUUUGCCUGGCCAUCUCCGUCUUCAUGGCCAUCAAGUCAGCUAUCAAAGCCGCCCGCUUUGAGUCUGGUCAUACUGGCUACUUCACAUUGGAUUCACCUGCUACACCUGACAGAGUUCGCAUGGCCUGUUUGGACAGAUUUACUGAACAGUUUGUAUGGGAUGAACAACAAGACAAAGCUAAUCCUUAUUUUGUACAACUCUGAGACUUCAGCAGCUUCCUUUUCAGACUCAGUGGCUUGAACACCGUUACACCUUGAUUUUACAUCAUUAUUGUUUUUUUUUGUCUAACUGAAACUAGCUGAUUGUAUUAUUAUUUUUUCUCUUAAGUUUGUGUUUUUGUAACCAGUUUUACAGAUUUGGGUACAAACUCAUAGUGAACUAUCACUACCAUUUUAAAAUAGUGCCUCCUUAGCAUCCAAUAUAUAAAUGUCAGUCCUAAAUAACGUGUUUUAUUGCUAAAUGUCAGUUACUAUUAAUGUUUAUGUUUAAAUUGCAUUGUACCAGGUCUAUUCAUACAUAAUAUACACAUUUAUAUUAGAAUGGUACACAUAAUGUACCAAAACCUAAAAUAGUUUGGGCAAGCUGUAUUUGAUCCAGAAUUGGAAUUUCCUUUACUUUAAAUUACCUUUAAGUAUGCAGAAAAUUAGAUGUGAAGCUGCAGAUUCAUUGACAGAAUAUAUUUGCAAAAUUAUCUGGCUAUAAGCAAAACGAUAUACCAUGUAUGGUAUGUAUCAGAUAAUGCUCUGUUAUAGCAGAUUACAUUAAUUCCUUUCACAAAUUGUUUCUGGUUUUCUAAAGGCGUCUAAAAAUACAGUUAUUCAUGCAAGUUGUAUUUUCUGUAACAUUAUAUAUAGGGGGAGGGCAAGGUGACUGAGUGGUAAAGCGCUUGGCUUCUGAACCAAGGGGUCCUGGAUUUAAAUCUCGGUGAAGACUGUGAUUUUUAUUUCAGUAUGUUAAGGGUGCUCCUGAGUCAUCCAAUUCAAAUGGUACCUGACACUAUUUGGGGAAAGUAAAGCAGUUGGCCAUUGUACUGGCCACAUGCCACCAUCGUUAGCCGUGGGCCAGAGAAACAGAUUACCUUUACAUAAGCUUCCCUAUAGAUUGCAAGGUCUGAAAGGGGAUUUUUACUUAUUUUACUUUACAUUAUAUAGAGCUGUUAUUGACUUGAGUGAUCAGUGAUCCUUCUAUUGAAUAAAGAUGGUAAAAAUAAAUAAAACCAUUAGCUUCUUUCAUAUAUCUGUGAUGAUAAAACAGGGAAAGUUACCAUUUUUACUAUUUUAAUAGAAUCAUCAUCAUUUUUCCUUCGCGUUCCUCAUGGAACAUAGGGCCUAAGUAAAAACUUUUCAAUAUCCCUGGUCUCUUGCUAGUAUAGUUUGUAGUGUAUCAGGAAUUAAUCUUCCUUAAAAUGGCAGAUGAAAUUUAGAAUAUAUAUAUAUAUAUAUAUAUAUAAGCUUAUAUGAAUAUGGGGCAAAUGACUACUAUAUAAAUAGGUAUAAAAAAUUUUCUAAAAAUUUAUUUUUUUUGUUGUUGCAUAAAGCCCGGUGAAUAAUGUUGAUUACUAUAAACAACUUAACACGUGCCAACAUAUUGUAUGUUCAUAUUUUAAAACACUGCUGAAAUGUUAUUGUUAUAAAUAAAAUUAUCUCAAAUAACUUUAUUUAUAUUGUAACCUAUCUGGUAGCUUUUUCUAAAACAUUGUUUACCCUUUUCUGUGUUUCUUUACAAAUUUAAAUACUAGAUUUAUUAACCAGAUAAAAUAUAUAUAUUAAA